AUUUUGAAAAACAAAGGUACACAGGGGACCCGUCAGUCUAGUAAGUGAACCUCCACAGGAAGACCGGACCUGGGUACUAGGAGAGACCACAAAACUUUCAGCUUUACCCCUUUACAACGAUUUUUAUUUUACAUUUUUCCUACUAACAUAUAGUGCCUCUGUAAAAUGAUAUUUGUAUUCCUCAGCGUACUUACAUGUUUGUAUGCGCACCACAGGCUGACCGAGAUAUUGCACUAGAAUUUUAACGCUCGCAAAGGGCUUUGGGAAUGUUUUCAAUAUGUCGGCCAAGUAAGCGCGAACUUUUUAUUGAGCAUGCCCUCAUGGUUUAUGGAAUCAAAAUGAUUAUAAACCUUACCGAAAGCUUGUUCAGCCCCAGAUUGCAAUGCAGCUCUGUAUGCUGCGAUGGCUAUUCGCCAAAUAACUUAAUUUCUGAGAACUGGCGAGAACGAAGUCAAGGUUUUCUUGCUGCGCACUUUGUCAAACCGCCGGUUGAUUUGUUGUUCCAACUACCGUUUCCGGUUAACAUUGAAUCAGUUCUAAUCAAACCAAAAGUCGGCUCACAAAUAUCUUGUGGAAUCGAUGUGUUUGUUGCCGGGAUUGUCCCAGUGAAUCAACCAAGCCAAAAGAGAAAGAGUAGAAAUACAAAGCAGAAUGACUCUGUAGUCACUCAGCCAGACACUGGAAGAAAAAGCAGUGAUGGCAAAGAAUUGAACUUUAAAUCUGAUAACAGUGUUAGCUUAUCAGACGCGUGGCAUAAUUAUUCCACCAUGAUAACUCCAAGCUCAUUUAAAUCUAAUCAUCACCACCUUUUUACGCAAGUAUGUCGGUCAUAUGACACAGAAGGCCGUGCACUAAUUAUGAGGAACAGGCGAUUCCAGGAGCGUGCCCCCAUCAAAGGCACAACUUCUAUGGAUGGAGGGGAAACUUCUGAGCGUGAUUUUCUUCAUACACACUCUCUGUAUUAUGUAACACAUGUUGUUGUGCGUGUCUGGAGAGUUGUGAGAUCUUCAGUACCAGCCAUUGGAAAAGUAGAUAUUUUUGGCCAAGUUUCUGCUUCUUGCAGCCCAACUAUUGUCCAACAAGUUAUAGAUAUACAAAACAAAGCUCAGGAACAAAGUCAGCAACAAAGUACUUGUAGUUUAGUGGAAGAUUUGAAGAACACCAUGGUUAGCAAAAAUGAGUUAGAGUGUGGUAUACCAGCAGAGUUUCUAGAUCCUAUAACAUGUAUUUUGAUGACAGUACCAAUUUUACUGCCGUCAGGUGAAAAUGUUGACAGCAGCACCUUGGAUAAACACAUAGAGGCAGAGCGCCAAUGGGGUCGCUUGCCAAGUGAUCCCUUCACAGGGGUACUCUUAAAUGAUAGCUACAAACCUGUUCCUAAUGCAGCUCUUAAAGCAAGAAUUGAUAAGUACAUACUAACAAGUGGGAUUGAUAUGACUUCUAGAGGAAGAACGGUGGGGAAAGUUGCUAUUGAAAAAACUGCAAUCCUCCCAUCAUCAAGCUCAUCCACUUUAGUAACCAACUGUACGCAAAGAAGAAUAAUUAAAAUUCCUGAAGCCUCAGUAAAAAUAUGUGGUUCUGAGAAAAAUGACCUCCAUAAAGUCCUCUCACAUGAAGAGCAUUUAUCGACAAGCCUGGAUUCUGCUCUGAAACAGACAUUAUCAGGAAACAGUUUUCUCAAAGGCAUAUGUAAAUCAGGUGGAGAUGACUUAAGCACAACAAACAGCUUGAGAGGUGGUGCCAAAACUUCACCCAGCAAUUGUAAAACCAUGAGGCAAACCCCAGGGGAAAAACUAAGGAGUACAAUAUGUAAAUCUUGCAGCAGGUCACUUGAAAAGCAACCAGCAUUCCAGCUUCCAUGCAAGCAUCUGAUCUGUAGAGGAUGCCUCACAGGAAGAACAGCAGGCCAGAUGACCUGUGUUGAAUGCAAAUCUCCAUAUACACAUGCAAGUGUGUCAAGGGUUCACUCAACUUACCUCUGAGCCUACGCAUGCCACCUGAGAUAGGCAGAAUGGAUGGUGGUGAUAAUGGCAAGCGUGAAGCGUGUAACCGGAUGGCGUGUCACAUACGUCAGCUCCACGCGUCACGCCGAACAAUGCAGGACACUCUCGGCCAUCCGCCACGCUACUAAAAAUAUGUUCGUCCUCGCACAGCCGACACAAG